UCACAGUAAAUUAAUGUUAAAACUGAGAUAUCGAGUUGCAGCCAUCGUAGACUUGGUCAAAUUCAUAUCAUAUGUUCUAUAUAAAACCAAUAGUCUUCUUCAUUAGAUUGAAGGUUAUCUAAAGUUUCUUUUAUCUUUCAAGAAGCAACGGUCAUGGAAGGCAAAGGAGCAGCCCGAAGCUCUCUCAUAGUUCCUUCUGUUCAAGAAAUGGUGGAGGAGAAGAUGAUCACUGCGGUUCCUCCGAGGUAUGUACGGUCUGAUCAAGACAAAGCUGAGAUCUCCAGUGAAACUGGUCUAAGAAACGAGAUACCAAUCAUAGACAUGAGUCUUUUGUCUUCUUUGGAUUCUGAGAUUGACAAGCUCGAUUUUGCUUGCAAAGAAUGGGGAUUUUUCCAGCUUGUAAACCAUGGAAUGGACUCAACUUUCUUGGAAAAAUUCAAGUCGGAGAUUCAGGAUUUCUUCAACUUUCCCAUGGAAGAGAAGAAGAAGUUGUGGCAACAGCCCGAUGACAUCGAAGGAUUUGGACAAGUAUUUGUGGUUUCAGAAGAGCAGAAACUCGACUGGUCAGAUAUGUUCUUCCUUACAAUGCAACCUGUUCAAUUACGCAAGCCUCACUUGUUCCCCAACUUACCUCUUCCCUUUAGAGAAACACUAGACACGUAUUCGGCUGAAGUGAAAAGCAUAGCUAAGAUCCUACUGGCGAAAGUAGCUGUAGCACUGAAGAUCAAAUCCGAGGAAAUGGAAGAGUUGUUUGAUGAUGAGUUAGGGCAGAGACUCAGGCUGAAUUACUACCCUCCUUGUCCAGAGCCAGAUAAAGUUAUCGGUCUAACUCCGCAUUCUGACUCUACAGGACUCACCAUACUGUUGCAGGUUAAUGAAGUUGAUGGACUCCAAAUCAAGAAAAAUGGCAAAUGGGUUUCUGUCAAACCUCUCCCAAAUGCUUUCGUUGUCAACAUCGGAGACAUCUUAGAGAUCAUAACGAAUGGGACAUACCGGAGUAUAGAGCAUCGCGGAGUUGUGAACUCAGAGAAAGAGAGGCUUUCUGUGGCAUCAUUCCAUAAUAUGGGAUUGGGCAAAGUUAUUGGUCCUAUGAGAAGUCUCGUGGAAAGGCACGAGGCUGCUAUUUUCAAAAGUGUAACCACUGAGGAGUAUUUCAAUGGCUUGUUCUCCCGUGCACUUGAUGGAAAAGCUUACCUCGAUGUUAUGAGAGUCUAAAGGAAGCAAUGAAUAAUACAAUCAGCUUCUUUCUCUGUUUUCAUACUUUCUACUUUCUCACCUUCAAUGGCCAAUAAAUAACGUUUUUGCUUUA